CUCCCCCCUGCAACGAAAGCCCCGGUGCUCCGGGUUCCGGCCUGACACCGGCGCUCACCCGACGGGUCACACCGUUGGCCGCUGCGUGUCGUGCAUCGCACAUCUCGGAUCUGUGGCCGCCUCGGCGGGCGGGCUCUCACCAUGGUUCUCCUCCACGUGAAACGGGGCGAUGAGAACCAGUUCCUGCUGCAGGCGCCCGGGACCACCGAAAUGGAGGAGCUGACGGUGCAGGUGGCCCGGGUGUACAACGCGAGGCUCAAGGUGCAACGCAUCUGCUCAGAAAUAGAAGAACUGGCGGACCAUGGCGUGUUUCUCCCGCCCAACAUGCAGGGGCUGACAGAUGAGCAGGUGGAGGAGCUGAAGCUCCGGGAUGAAUGGGGUGACAGGUGCACCCCCAGCGGUGGUGCUGAAUUCCGGAAGGAUGAAGUUGGGCGUCGGAAUGGCCAAGCCCCAAACGAGAAAAUGAAGCAAGUCCUGAAGAAGACGGUGGAGGAAGCCAAGGCCAUUAUUUCCAAGAAACAGGUGGAGGCCAACGUAUGCGUGACGGCUGAGAUGGUGAAGGACGCCCUGGACCAGCUUCGGGGAGCCGUGAUGAUUGUGUAUCCCAUGGGGCUGCCACCCUAUGAUCCCAUCCGCAUGGAGUUCGAGAACAAAGAAGAUUUGUCAGGAACCCAGGCGGCACUCAGUGUCAUUGCCGAGGCCCAGGCCCAGCUGUGGUGGGCAGGCAAGGAGCUUCGGAGAAACAAGAAGCUGUCGGACUACGUGGGCAGGAAUGAAAAGACCCGGAUCAUUGUCAAGAUCCAGCAGCGUGGCCAGGGUGCCCCAGCCCGGGAGCCGAUCAUCAGCAAUGAAGAGCAGAAGCAGCUGAUGCUCUACUACCACCGGAGACAGGAAGAGCUCAAGAAACUGGAGGAGAAUGAAGACGAUGACUCGUGCCUGAAUUCACCAUGGGCUGACAACACGGCACUUAAGAGGCACUUUCAGGGCGUCAGGGACAUCAGGUGGCGGCCCCGGUGACACCCAGCUCUGGCAUGUUCCCCCAAAAGAUGGUGGGACCUUGAGUGACGGUCACUUCGUGCCUACUCCAGAAGCUGAUGUUGGGUGUUUAUGGGGCUUGAAUUAAAAAAGAAAAUUCAAAGUUUCUAGGACUUAAUACUUUAUUUUUUUAGAAACUUAGAAGGAAAUAGAUUGAUGUUAAGCUUAAUAAAUAGAUCUUCAAAGAA